CUUAAAUCAUUAGUAACGAGUCACUAAUUGAAUGGCUCAGUUAUAUAUAGGUACAGCGUGUUUUUCUCUCGUCCUGAUCAGAGGCUUACAAAAAAAAAAUGUUUGUCGGUGCAUUUUGUUAACGAAACGAGGAAGACCAAAUGGAAUCUCACCAGAUAUUCGUGCUUUUUAUAGCAUCCAUCCAUGCACACGGAUUUCAAACCGAAUACAUUACUCCAUCAACACACGUGUCUUCUGACAACAAGCAGACAAAGCCUCAGGCCGCUGACCAAAACGCGCCCGCGAGAACAAUGUUAAAGCAUCUCCAACAUGUUGAGCCUACAAACAUGCAGAAUCCUGUCAGCAGAGAAAAACGACAAGUAUGCUCGUGCAUGGCGUGCGCAGAACGAAACUCAAAAAAUCCGCUGAACAUUGGAAAAGAUAUCCCGUACGAAGCCGUGCGCAAGGUCUUUAAAUUCUUAAAAAUUGCGCGUAAACGGAUGAAAGUGAGAUAUAGUCGACAGGGCCAGCUGUACUGCAAGAAUGGCUACCUCAUUCACAUUGACAAGGAUGGAAGAAUCAGCGGUACGACCAGUCACAAGGAUCAGUAUUCCGCUCUCGAGUUCCAGUCCCUCGGUGCCGGAAAAGUUAUUAUCAAGGGCGUGGUCACUGGACGGUAUCUUGCAAUUAACGACCAGGGCUUGUUAUAUUCCACGGAUACUUUCCAUAAAGAAGCAAUCAUGGAAGAAAAACAGGAGGAAAAUUUUUACCACUCGUUUAAUUCGCAUCGAUACCGUCAGCCAGGCUGGUACGUGGCUUUGAGACGUAACGGACAGGUGAAGAAGACCUCGGUGAUGCAGAAAGCUGCGCAGUUUCUUGUAUUGUACAAAUGACGACGGGGUCUAUGACUCCAGAACUAGAACUGUAGCUAUACUGAGGAUCCAAGAAUUCUCAACGAAGAGCACCAUCCCGGAAGCAUCGAUGAAGAAAGGGGUGGGGUAGAACUAUAAGGGGGGUACCAGUAACGAGGUAAUCCUGCCGUUUUCUUCCAUACGUCUCUUCUAAAUUAGUCCAAAAGGGGGCUGUGAAUCUAUAACGACUGCAGCAUUUGCAGAGAUCAAUGGAAAAGGAAGACACGACGUCAUGCCACAUUUGGCGUCAGAAAAACAGAUGGAAACGCGAAUCAAGCUUGAUUCAAGAAAUUCGAAAAUAAAAAAAACAAGCGUC